AUGGCCAUAAUUCCUCAGACUGUCACCAAAGGCGAUAUAUGGACCAUCACCACCGAUGUCGUUGUGGGUGUCAAAAACGAAGCCCCAGCUCAGGAUCGAGCGUGUAUAUAUACGUAUCACAAAGUGAUAGCGACGAGUACCCGGGAGAAGAGAAGUUUCAAAGAGAGAUUGGAUGAGUUACCGAAGGAGAAGACGAAAGCGGGACAUGGCCACCACGAUGACUCAGAACAUGAUUCUUGCUUCAGCCUUUCUUCAGGGAGACAUACCCCGGAUCUAGAGGAGGAUAAUAGCGAUGCGGAAAAUCCACAGCAACAACAUGUCAAGUCCCGGGCCGAGUCGUGUGCUGAGAAAGUCGUCUAUACUCGAAGAGAGCGUACCGCUUCACCCAUAUGCAUCGUCAUGAGCGCUGGUUCCACGUAUUCUACGGGCCACCUAAGAUGCGUCAUCAAACUAGAACUCACAGCCACGGGAGACAUCACCAUCACAAAGCGUUUCGGGCCCACGACCCAAUACUUUUCCCUGGCCGACCACGUACACGGAACUCUAUGUUGUGGUAGGUGA